AUGCAAGUCAACCGUUGGUUGAUUAUUCGUACCUUUUUGGUUGUGAUGGCGGAGUGGUGCGGAACCCCUUACACAGGGCUAUGGCGCAAUGCUGGGAGAUUAUGGUAUUACCCGGAGCUGAGUACUUCGUAUGUCAAUCUUUGUCAUAAAUCAGGUUAUCUCAUGUUCCAUACGAUAUCCUUAGGUAAGAUACUCCUAAUAGGCCAAGCUAAGAGCAGGUAUACCCAUGAUUUUCGGAGCUCUGAAAUUAAGGUAAGAAGACCCAGACCACCGCCAGGAAUGAAGGAAGACUGUCAAGAGAUGAAAUGUUUUGGCAGAAGCCUCAAACACGAGGCAUUGGGAAGGGGGUCGCUCGUACCGAUCUACUCCCUUCUAACAAACAGCGUGUCUCACCACUUGUUAACGUUCAAUGGGAUUUCUGCUAAGAAGGGUACCGUCGAGGACGCUGUGAACAUCGUGCUCUCAACCCCUGCAGACCUGGUGUUGCCCUAUUAUGCUCUCUCGCUCGAGGAGUUGCUUCCAGCAGAAGGGUCCGUUUGCUGGUCGCUGAUAGGGCCAAUAUCCGCAGGGCACAUAGGGGAUGUCUACGUUGAGAGUGCGAUACGGUAUGCUGGACGGGAUGCUGAAGUAGCUUUCAGAAUAUAUAGUUUGGAUAAUUUUCGCCUCCAUGCCUCACUGAAAAACAGCAAGUGGUUUUCUUGA